AUGGGUUGGUUUUGGGGCAACUCGAAUCAAGACGACCCCGUCAAGAAGCUUGACCCGGGUCUCCGAGAAUAUCUCGAACAUGAAGCCCCAAAGAAAUACGUCCCUGCGACCUCAGGGCCUUCCGCGCAGGAUCCGUCUAAGAAAGUAGAUCCACAUGCCCAAUCAGCGCAACCAGCCGAAACCACCGAAUCUUCGAAACCUGCUGUUCCUGCUGCCUCACUUUUCCCCGACGGCCGUUACUCCCAUCUCUGGAAGACCUACAAACCGCCAAGCGAGGAAAACACUGAAGUGAAGGGCGCUUCUAGGGUGAUUGAACAGUACAAGUCACGCAAUGAUACGGUACACCGCGCAGCGAUGGAGAAUUGUGCAUUGGAACAUGAGGAUUUGACACUGUGUUUCCAAAACGGUAACUUGCAGAAACGAUUAAUGUCUCGUAUGACUCUGUGUUCCGAGGAAAAUGGGAAAUUCUCUCGGUGCUUUACUACUCAAGCUAAAUUUCUCCAGGCACUGGGCUACUCGUCCUCGUUUGAAUGGGAUGACGAGAGAGAGGAAAAGAUUCAGAUGCAUGCCGAUAAGCUCUACCAUGAGAUGCUGGAUUAUGAGAAACAAGUUGAGGAGGCCCGAGCGGCUGGCCAGGAACCUCCGCCUCUCACAUCCCUCUUCAAUCCCCAGGGAAAACCCCAACAGCAAAAAGCCGAAAAUACACCAGGCUCCCUGGAAAUCCCCGGAGGCGAGGCCAUUCCACCAGGAUUCAAGCCAUCCAAGCCAUUGGAACAACUCACACCACAUGAACGCGAGCUGGAGAUCCGAGCCCACUAUGCACAACUGGAGCAGCAGAAGAUGUACGCGCAAGAGGCGUCUCCUUUCAUAAAGACUCAUGACGAUGCGCGUCAGAAACGGCGAGAGAAAGCUUCGGAUUUGCACAUGAGGGCGCAUCUGUUGGAGGAGAAUUGA